AUGGUGGGCAUGUCCAUGGGAGCGCCGAAAGGCAACAGUGCGGUUGCUCGCGAGGAAGCGCCUGAGUUUGAGAAGGUCAUCUGGUACAAGGAUCCAAACAUGCGAAAGCUGUUCUGGCACUCUUCAGUCCUUUGCAUUGCCUCUGCAACUACUGGUUACGACGGCAUGAUGAUGAACUCUUCACAACAGAUGAACUACUGGCAAACUUACUUUGACGAGCCCUCCGGUAACCGACUGGGUCUGAUGAACAACAUGUACAACAUCGGUUCGAUCGUUAGUUUCUUCCUUGUCCCGUUCCUCACCCAGUGGACCGGUCGCAAGAUCCCAAUCGCCGUCGGUUGCUCCAUCAUGAUUGCUGGUGCUCUUGUCUCAACCUUCUCUACGAACUGGCAGAUCUACAUGGGUGGCCGGUUUAUCCUUGGGUUCGGUAACUCUUUCGCCCAGAUGUGCUCGCCCAUUCUCCUCACCGAGAUCUGCCAUCCCCAGCACCGCGGUAUCUUCACUGCUGUAUACAACUGCUUGUGGAACCUGGGAGCGCUUUUCGUCGCAUGGAUCGCAUGGGGUACAUCUCAAGCGAGCAACGAUUGGUCUUGGAGAUCUAUCACCCUUCUUCAAGCCCUUCCUUCAUUCCUUCAACUGUGCUUUCUUUGGUGGGUUCCUGAGAGUCCUCGUUGGUUGAUCUCCAAGGAACGCUACGAGGAGGCUCUGGACACCCUCGCGUACUACCAUGCCGGUGGCGACAAGAACAAUGCAACCGUUCAGUUCGAAUACAUUGAGAUGAGAGAGGUCAUCCGUAUGGAAGCCGAUGCGAAUAAGAACUCUAGCUACGUAGACUUCGUCAAGACAAAGGGUAACCGAUGGAGGUUGGCGAUUCUUAUCUCCCUCGGUAUCAUCUCUCAAUACUCCGGCAACGCGCUCUUCUCUAACUACAUCAACUUGGUUUACGAGGGCGCUGGAAUCACUAGCGAGAACCAAAAGAUGGGUCUUACUGGUGGUGAGCGUAUCUUGGCUCUUUGCGUUUCAGUCUACGCCGCCACCUUGAUCGACAAGGUUGGUCGCCGUCCACUUUUUCUCGGUGCCACCACCGGUAUGGUCAUUUCGUUCGUGUGCUGGACCGUCACCUGCGCAGUCUAUGAGAACUCUGGCGACACCAAUUCCGCAGCUGGCUACGCUCAGAUUCCAUUCGUGUGGAUCUUCGGUGUUUUCUAUGCUUUUGCUUGGUCUGGCCUACUCGUAGCAUACGCCCUGGAGAUUCUCCCCUACGCCCUUCGUGCCAAAGGUCUCAUGGUUAUGAACAUUACUGUUCAAGCUAUUCUCGCUGUCGGUGGUCAGACGAACCCCGUUGCGUGGGACAACCUUCCUAAGCAUUGGAAUUUGGCCCUCUUCUACACUCUCUGGAUCACCGUCGAGCUUGUAUUCGUUUACUUCGUCUACCCCGAGACCAAGGGUCCCACACUCGAGGAGAUUGCCCGCAUCUUCGAUGGUCCAGCCGCUGUUGCUCCAGUGGAUAUGGAUGCUAUCGCGAGGCAAGCCGCUAAGGAACGCCUCCACGGCUCUGGCGAUGAUGAGAAGGAGCCGCAUAUCCAGCAGACCCAGGUCGUCUAG